CGCCCCCUUGGCCUCGCCCCCGCUCGCGUUGGAGCCGCGGAGCGUCGAGAUUGCAGAGGGAGAAUGGCUGCGCUCAGGGACUGCAAGGCCUGGCAGGAUGCUGGACUUGUCCUGUCCACGACCAGCAAUGAAGCCUGUAAGCUCUUCGAUGCUGUGCUGACGCAGUAUGCAACUUGGACCAAUAAUGAGAGCCUUGGAGGUAUUGAGGGAUGUCUCUCCAAGCUAAAAGCAGCAGAUCCGAACUUUACAAUGGGACACGUCAUUGCCAAUGGCUUGGAGCUGAUUGGCACUGGAAGAACCGUGAGACUCGACAAGGAGCUGGACUGCGCCGUGAGAGCCAUGGUGGCACUUUCCAAGUCACGGCCGCUGACGGAGCGGGAGAAGCUUCAUGUGUCAGCGUUGGACGUGUUUGCCAGGGGCCAACUUCCAAAAGCUUGUGAUCUAUGGGAGCAGAUUCUGCAGAGCCACCCGACUGACCUGCUAGCCCUCAAGUUUUCCCAUGACACUUACUUCUACCUGGGAUAUCAACGUCAGAUGCGAGAUUCUGUUGCCCGUGUUUAUCCUUUCUGGACACGUGAUGUUCCACUGAGCAGUUAUGUGAAGGGCUACUACUCUUUUGGACUCGUGGAAACAAACCUUUUUGACCGUGCUGAGAAGGUUGCCCGUGAGGCUUUGGCUAUAAAUCAGACAGAUGCAUGGUCUGUCCACACUAUAGCUCAUGUAAAUGAAAUGAAAGCAGAGGUGGAGAAAGGCUUAGAAUUCAUGAAGGAAACGGAAAAGAACUGGAAGAACAGUGAUAUGCUUGCUUGCCAUAAUUACUGGCACUGGGCUUUAUACUACAUUGAAAAGGGGGAAUAUGAAGCUGCUUUGACAAUUUAUGACAAGCAUAUUGCUCCCCCGUGCCUGGCAAGUGGAAGCAUCCUGGAUAUAGUUGAUAACAGUUCGAUGCUGUACAGGCUUCAUCUGGAAGGUGUAAAGCUUGGGGACAGGUGGAAAGAUCUUCUUGGGGUUACAAAGAAGCACACCAAAGAUCACAUUCUUCUCUUCAAUGAUGUGCAUUUCUUGAUGUCUUCCCUUGGAGCCAAAGACCACAAAACUACUGAGGAGCUUUUAACAACUCUGCAGGAACUUGCCAGAGCACCUCAUGAAGACCACCAGCUUUCCCUGGCUCCUUGUUUGGGGCUGCCACUGUGCCAGGCUUUUGUAGAGUUUGAAAAUGGGAAUUGUGACAAAGCUGUAGACCUGCUGUACCCAAUCCGUUAUGACCUAGUCCAAAUGGGAGGCAGUGAUGCUCAGAGAGAUGUUUUCAGCCUGUUAUUAAUUCAUGCUGCUUUAAAUUCUAAAUCAAAGGCCAAACGAAACCUUGCAAGGUGCCUCCUGAAUGAACGAGAUGUGAUGAGACCUAAGUCACCAAUGACUGAGCGACUGAUCAGGAAGGCAGCAGCCGUGCAUUCCAUGGCAUAGGGCUUUCCUCCAGCUUCAGCUGGAAGAGCCAGGAGCUUUCCACAAAGUCUGGGUGCAGGGAGUGCAGGGGUGCUGUGAAUGAAUUUGGGGAGGUAUUCGGGGUUAAAAGAUCUGAGAAUAAUUUCCUUAAAAAAAAGACAGAGCUGUUGCAUUUCAGGAGGUUGUGUCUUAGCUGAUUCCAGAAGGAAGGAAGAAAACCUACUGCUAAUGCACAGCUUUCUGAAGGCAUUGCUUCUCUGGUAUGUUUUCCUGAACACUCCCUCUGACCCUGAUUAUACACAGUGCAGUAACAGUGCCUGGAUUUCAGUCCUUCUUUGGCCCAAUUUGUUACUUGGCCUACAUGUGAUGUAAACUGCUCAGGUAAUUCAAAGGGAGCUUUUAAAUAAAGCUUUUCACGCCAAUACAGGCAUGAACUGAAUUCCUUAUCAAGCUUCCAGCCCAUUCAGGCAGGAGUCACAGAUCUGUGUGCAUUCAGGAUCUCUUUCCAGGUAUACAUUUUUAAACUCACUCUCAUAAAAUGUUAAAUUUUUCCUUUCAAUAUAGCACAGCAGAGCUUUCUGGAAUUACUGAGUGAAUAGAACCAGACAAGAAUAAAGACUAUUCUAACAUGGGUACUCCCUCAGCACUUUUAAAUCUUCCAGAAAAAAGGGAAAAGCCUGGAUUUCAGUUGAACAGUACCAUCUCUGAAGGGUACACUGGACUGAGUCUGUGCUUCCCUGAGCUUUUGAAUAGACAGGCCUUACUACCACCUCACUCCAGAGUCCCUGCAUGAAGUGGGGUUUAAACCAGUGUUGAAGCACACACUUCAGAGAGUUGAAGACCAGGUGGGAGCUUCUGCCAUGGAAAGAGGGCUCAGGGGGAUGGAGACAGCUCUGUCCCAGCACACGUGAUGGGAUAAACUUUGGUGUUGCAAGAGCCACGGGCCUCGGCGGAGCAUCCCAGGGCUAACACAUUGUCUUGCAGUAGUAUUCCAGAAUUGCCUAAUGAUGGGGAAGAUCGUAUUUCAGACCGAAACUGAACUCAUGCCUCCUCUUCUUCUGGAAUAGAAAUCCCACACUCUGCAACUGCCCAAGCUCUGACUUUGCUUCUACAUCUGCAAGCUCUGCUGGCCCCACAGGCCUGCCCCUCCUUCCUGUCCAACUCAGGCUCUUCCCCUUGUCCCACAGCAGCCUUGUCCUACAGUUUCCUUUUGACCUAAGAAAGUACUUCCAUAGCUGGCCCUGCACUGCCCCUGGAGUUCCUGCAUCGUGGAACAAGAGGUGGAAGUGCUUUGCUAACAUUUUGCUUUACCCAGUCCUCCCCUGAGGCAGAAAUAACUUGUUUUUAAAGCAAAAAUAAUGAAACGAGGUAAGGGAUUGCAUUCCUUGCCCUUGAGUCUUCUGAUUUAUGAGCGUGCUGUUCUUCAUCACUGCUUGUCUCUUCAUGGUGGGGGGUGACUCACCUGGGACAAGUUACACUGGAUUUUUACUAUUAUUUUUAGUAAGUGCACUUCAAGCAAUGACUUUAGACAGGUAACUUUUUACUCAAGGAAUGUAACAAAUUGUAUAAGGGAACAAAAGCCUGAGAAAGCUCUGGCUGGCUAUGCAGGGUGUCGUUUAUGUAAUCAAUGACAGCUCUACUUUUGAUAGAACAUGACUGAGAGUUUUGUCUGCUUUGCCUUAAUAAAUUCAAAGAUAAUCUCUGUUGA